AAACUGAAACUAAAAAGAUGCAAGCAGAGAUUAUUCAACUUAAGAAAAAAAUACAGGACCAAGCUGACGAAUUGGCUAGGUUUUAUAAAGUAUUCAAAGAAGCGAUGGAGCAGAAUUUAAGAUAUACCAAACAGGAAAAGGCUAGAGCUGAAGGUACAAAGCAAGGUACGUCUUGAAAAUGCACUCCGUGAGUUGUUAGGCCCGCACUGUUCAAACGUCGAACUUUACAUGUGCCAAACCUAAUUGUUAGGUUCCGCACAUGUUAAGUUCGACGUACGGCGGAAUCAAUUAGGAACGACACUUUUGUAUUUGGGUCGACUCUGCCGUUCUAUUCGACUGAGCUUGUCGAAUAGAACGGCAAAAGGUCGACUUCAGUUCAUAGUACGUCGAACUUCAAAUGUGCGAAUCCUAUUUCAUAAAUUAGGUUAACGUAUUUUUCAAUACGACCGCUCUUCUGAUUGGCUAUAUAUUGAGUUUUCGCGCCUGUGCGGACAGAACCCACAGAAGCGUAACGACUUUACCCGCAUUCUCGUUGUAGAUUUUUAGACGGAAACUGGACAGCUUAAAACGGUCUUCUAAAAAGUUGCUUAUCUUUAUAUCCAUAAAGAAAUCUUACUGUAUUUUAAAAUUUAUGGCGUCACUUUAUUUUGUCCAAAUGUCAAUAUAUAGAGGAUAUUACACGGUGGCGCGAAGAUAUGAAUUUUAUUUUCGAGUGGCAAAACAAUAUUUUACGAACUAGCGCAGCGAGUGAGUAAAAUAUUGUUUUUGCAACGAGAAAAUAAAAUUCAUAUCUUCGCGCCACCGUGUAAUAAUCUUUUUAUUAUAUAGACAAAAAGACAUCGAUAAAAUAAUAGAUUUUUAUUCGCCAGAAAGUAAUUGUGAAGGCUCAGAUUUACAGUACCGCAAUAUAAGACAUUGGUUACAAUAAUCUUGAGAAAUAACACUGAGCUGAAUAGGGUUCUACAAUGACAAAAUAUGAGCAAAAAUUUGAAAAAUGUGUAAGUAAAUUGAAAAGACGCAAGACGAAGGAAAAUUACCGAAAUUACGUUAUCCAUAAACUCACGUGUGAGAUUAUGGAAAAUACACCACUCGGGUCCCAGAUGUAGUUUUUAUGAAUUUUAUGAGUGGUAUAUUUUCCAGUAAAUCACUCGUGUCUAUAUAGUAAGAUUCAUGAUCUCAUCAGCUCACUCCUUGCCAUAACAGAACACAAAUCACACUAAAAUCAAAACAAGAAUUUUCAGGCUUGGUGAAUUUUAUUUUUUCAGUUUAUUUCCCUAUUUUUAGAAGUAAGGAUGAUAUUUGUUUUCGCCACGAAUUAGGUUCGGCACAUGUAAAGUUCGACCGUGUGAAUCAACCCGUUUAAUUACCUAAUUAUUUUUUGUUUCAGUAGUGCUGUACUUCAUUUUUCCUAAACCCGUUUAUCUUUGUCGCAGGUUUAUCAGACUUAGCAGAAAAACAAGCGAGUGUGGACAAAAAUGAAUGGAGACCAAAGCAGACGAGUUCAGCCAAAGCUGAAUCACUCUUAGUUGCUGUAAGGACGCAAGCAGCAGAAGUGAAACAAGCCAAACAGCAUGUGGAUAGGCAAAACAAAAGCUUGCGCACAUUGGUAGACUUAACGGAGAAAAUCACCAAAGAUUUUACACAGUUAGUCACUUCCUCGAAGCCUCAAGAAGCUUCUGGCUCCUCAGGGGAAAAUGAAAGUUCCCAGGGAGCUGCAGGUGGAGUACUAUCCAUGUCCCAGGGGCAAGGAACGGGAGAAGAGAACUUUGAGCGCGUUUUCGAUGACGACGCACCUUUAAGUAUUCCUGUUCAAGAGACGGAGUUAGACAGAUUAAGAAAUUCUAAGGCGAAGGCAAAGUUGGAGUUUUCCAGUGGUGCGAUGUAUAAUCCGAGAUUAAUUACACGCGAAACCAUUGCAUCUCCUUCGACUCCGGGCAGGACGGUUCCCAUGGCAACUGGCGUAUCCGAUAGCACGUGGACAGGAGAGAGUGAUAUCGAGGUUAUUGAAGAGGAAGAAGAUUUCGUCGGUGCUGGCUUACCUCGAGGAAAAAUAUGUCCCGUUUGCGAUCGCUUUUUUCCAGAAAGCUUUAGUCAACGAGACUUUGAGAUGCAUGUCAACGAGCAUUUCGAUCAUAACACUUAAAAAAUCAACCUUCGAAUUUCGAAAUGAGGAGCUCUCGCAGGUUGUUUGGGGUGAAAAAUACGCGUCUUUGGCGAGGCGCGUUUUAAGAACAAAGAAUACUCAGCCAGCGGAAUGUUCGAUAUCAUUAAACUCAGUGUCACGGAAGUUAAGUUUUGCUGAUUACUCGCUAAAACACCUACCUUUUGUGUCCUUAAUGGUUCA